UUUUAUAAUAAAUAGCUAGAUUCAGUAUGGAAAGUAUACACAAGAAGUCAUUUUUCAAAACUAAUACACAAACUCCCCAGACCUUCCAAUCCUUUGAGGGUGAAAUCAAGGAGGAUAGUUCAGAAGAGAAUCGGAAAAUCGCAUCCCGUCUAGACUAUUACCAUGGAAAUGCACUUCAUAAACUCCAGUCCCAAGCCAGUGAGAAGGGGAUGAAAAUAAGUAAAUAAGAAGAAUAAGGGUAAGAAGAACAAAAGUCAAGGGUUCUUCUUGUCUAAUACUCAAAGACCUUUCACUGCUAGAGUUAACAAGCCUCCGAAAUAAACACUCAAAUUUAUCUUCAUGAGAACUGAAAAAUAUAAGGAAGAUAGUAAAAUAAAGCAACUAAUUUGGCAAUGAUUCGGGAGAGCAUUGAGAAGGAGUCUCGAGAGAAGUCUUCUAAAAGUAUUAAGAUUGUUCUGGAAACACCUAAGAACUCCAGCAUUCCCUCCCGGAGGAAGAAAAGGGUUCGCUCACAUCAGAAACCAGCUAGCCAUGGAAGAAAUUUUGAAGGAUUGUAUUUUCAGAGUUCAGAAAAUUACCUUAAUAAUGACAUGCAUUUCCUUUACCAAGGAGGAACACCGAUUAAUGAAGUAGAGGAAAACGAAAAUUAUAAACCAGUCCCUUUGUCAGUUGCCAAAAUUAAUUUCAGAUCUGAGAUCAGGCCUGUGAAAUAUAAUCGCGACUAUUAUGACUCAAAAUACCAGUCGGGACCAACAAAGUUCGAGUAUGACAAAUCUAAACAAAAUUCGAGGAAAUGCUCUGUGGUUAAUCUGACUCCUUUCGAAGGGACAUCUCCUGCUGAUAGCUUCAGGGCAACUUACUUCCAGAAAGCAGAAAUAAGACCUUUUAGUAAAAAGACAAUGUCAAGAGCAAAGCACCAGCUAGAGAGGCACCCUACUGAAAAAUAAAACUGUUUAUGAGAAAAGGAAGGUUCAUUCCUUGACUAGGAAAUUAGCCAAACACAAUAAGAGCUUAUUCACAAAGGAUCAGCUCUCUGACCUGAUCCAUAAGAGAAGAGUAGAGAAAGUAUUCGAGGCUGUGAAAUAGCACUGAGCAUAGUUGGGGCACUAAGAGCAAAUCUAGAAAGAACUUAAAGACCAUAAAAAGUAAGAUAGAUUCUUUCGUAAAGCCAAAGAAGAUUUUUUCACCUUUGAAGAAUGAAUACAUUAACAAAAAUAUGUCGAAAUCAGGUUCUGUUUCGUAUAAAGUAUUAAGGAAGAGGGAUAAUAAAGAGUCUAUUGGGUGGCAACCUGAGAACAAGAUUAAUCUCAGAAUAGUAACUGGAUUGAAGACUAAAAAGACACCCUUUUAUGGCCAUCUAAGACUGAAGUCAGUCCAACAAAACAAAGGAAUCUUGUAAACAGGAGAGAAUUUAUUAAUAAGACUUAUUUCAAA